CUGUGGUGCCAGUCUUUUCGUGGCAAUUUUCAUCACAUAAAGCCAACAGUAACAGUUUGCUUUAUUUGUGUGAGUGUGCGUGGAUCAUGAGUUACGCGCCUGUUUUACACUGAUGACCCGGGCCCCUGAGAAAAGCCGUUGUAACCUGAAAACAUGAGCUCAUGUGGUCUUCAGUUGUUUUUUUUUUUUUCUUUUUUUUUCUGAAAGUAGUUUGACUGCAGUCUUGGGUCGUGUAGGCAAUUGCGCCGCCCCCCACCUCCCGUCAUGAAAUGAGCUUCACCCUGAGGUUAAGCUGCAUGUGACUGGCUCAGUAAAAACGAAGGUGGGGGGGUUGUGACCGGAGAAAAACUCUGAGGAUUUUAAGCCCGUGAACACAUCACAUGGGGUUUGACUCACACUUUAUGCACUGGUUCAUGUGUCCGUGACAAACCAGCGUUUCCAACCAAAAACCUUGCUGUAAUGUGGCCACUGAUAACUGUGAGUUUCUUGAUAUCUUUGGCACCCAGCUAUCAACAAUUCCCACGUCUGUGCGCCACCCGGGAAGCUUUGCGCACCAAAGAAUGCUGCCCUGCUUGGGAAGGGGACGGCUCGGCCUGUGGAGCCAGCUCGGGUCGCGGAUUCUGCCAGGAUGUGGUGGUGCCGGACCACCCUGAUGGACCUCAGUACCCCUUCUCCGGUUUGGACGACAGGGAGAAGUGGCCCUUGGUUUUCUACAACCGGACCUGCCGGUGCGCAGGGAAUUUCAUGGGUUUCAACUGCGCGGACUGUAAGUUUGGCUACUUUGGGGUGAACUGUAACGAGAGGAGAGAGUCUCUGAGGAGGAAUAUAUUUCACCUGUCCAGGACCGAGAGGAUCAGACUUGUGUCUUACCUGAACUUGGCCAAGCAGACAGUCAGCAGGGACUAUGUUGUGGCCAUCGGCACCUACCAGGAGAUGGAAAAUGGCUCCAACCCGAUGUUCGCUGAUGUGUCUGUGUAUGAUGUGUUUGUGUGGAUGCAUUACUACGUGUCCCGGAACGCGCUGUUAGGCGGCCCGGGGAAUGUGUGGACCAAUGUAGACUUUGCUCACUGGGGGCCUGCGUUUCUCCCUUGGCACCGCGUGUACCUGUUGCACUGGGAACACGAGAUCAGGAGGCUGACAGGAGACAUGAGCUUCACCAUCCCGUACUGGGACUGGAGGGAUGCUCAGGGGUGCGACGUGUGCACAGACGAGCUGAUGGGAGGCCGGAGCCCUCAGAAUCCCAGUUUUCUCAGCCCGGGCUCGGUCUUCUCUUCCUGGAGGGUGCUGUGCUCCCAAGCAGAGGACUACAGCAGCAGAGGUGUGUUAUGUGACACCAGGCAAGAAGGUCCGCUGCGUCGAAAUCCUGGAAACCAAAACCGUAGGGUGGUUGAACGAUUACCAACUUCAGCAGAGGUGGAGUUCACUCUCAGCUUGUCCGACUAUGACACCGGAGCCACGGACCGCAGUGCCAACAUGAGCUUCAGGAACACUCUGGAAGGAUUCGGGGAUCCACAGACUGGGUUAGGAAACAGUUCUCGUAUGGGCAUGCAUGCUGCUCUCCAUGUGUUCAUGAACGGAUCCAUGUCCUCUGUGCAGGGCUCGGCAAAUGACCCCAUAUUCCUCCUCCACCAUGCUUUUGUUGAUAGUAUUUAUGAGGAGUGGCUUAGGAGGCACAGACCAUCUCCAUCACAGUAUCCAGAGUCUAAUGCUCCUAUAGGGCACAACAGUGAAUACCACAUGGUGCCUUUCCUGCCCCUCCACAGAAACAGAGAGUACUUCAUUACCAGCAAGGACCUGGGGUACGAAUAUUCAAAUCUGCUGGAUGCUAAUCAGAGGCUAGCGGAAUCCAUACGUCCUUACCUGGAGGAACUGGAGGAUGUGUGGCCCUGGCUGCUGCUUGCAGCGCUCUGUGGGGGAAUCGUAGUAAUGACUAUUGUCGCUGCUGUCAUAACUGCAAAACGGCGAUACCGAGGAUUGACUUGGAAAAACUUAUUUGCCCUCCCAGAGAGACAGCCACUUAUCUGGGGCAGUGACACAGAGGAAACCAGCCACCCUAACUACCAAACAACUAUGUGAAUGCACAGCCAGUCCUGUGUUGUGAUGAAUUUUAGUAUCAAAACACUGUGAAUUAUACAUUACAUUGACUGUAAUGAGCCUCUGUUCUUUUUUAAGGUCAAUGAUUUCAACUGUAUUAAAAAAAAAAAGUUAAAUAUGUUAAACUUUGAACAUGUUCCACCCACAGCUUGUCACUUGUCAAAUUAUUCUACCCAUGAGGUUGGGAUUACACACGAUCUGUGCAACAUUUAUGGUUCCUGUCAUGCAAACGUUCCAUAAUGACUUUUCACAUUUAUCCUUUGGGGUUAACAUGUUUCUGCUGAUUACCUUCAAAAUCUGGUGCUGCAUUGUUGCGUUGGGUUGCAUCAGUCAUGUACGCAAGCAUUUAUUAUUAUCCUUAUGUGGGAGUUGACUGAAGCACAUUUUCAUGAACACUGAUUCAUGUUUGUAGCGUGAGACAUGCUCUUUUGACAGGGAAAAAGGUGAUUAUGUCUGUAUAGAUGUUAGGUUCUAAGGCAGCACCAAGUCUGAGUUCAACGCUCCAACCUCUGAAAAAAAAAACCAAAACAAUCUAUGACAUUUGGCAAUAGUGCAGUGUUGAUACAACUCUGAACAAAACUUGCUCUGCAUAGGCUGUAUGUGUGCAUGAGAAAUGCACACAUUAGGACUUGGAUAUAAAGCAGUGCACACACAUCACUCCCAUUUUAAAAGUUCAACAAACAUUUAUUUUUGGUACGAUAAAUUGGUUCCCUAAUAAUUUUAGUCCUGUCUCACAAUGUCAUUCAGUCAAUUUCCGCUCAUACGUUCUUAGCAUUGAGACAUGCCGUCUAGCAUAGCAUUUUUAUAAUACAGGACAGCUCAAAACGCCUUACUUUCAAGUAGCUGUCUCAGAUAUUACAGUACAUUCUCAGUAAAUAAACUGUGCUAUGUUGCUUUGACAUGAAAUGAGGAGAUAAAUACAGCAGGGAUUAUUUGGAAGCAAAACUUGUACAAAAUAUACAUUAGGUUAGAUUUAAAAAAAAAAAAAAAAAAUUAGAGCAAACCAGCAAUUUUAACGGUUACCACUAAUGAUUGUUUUCACGAUUAAUCUUCACCUUAAAAUGACCCUUUCGUUAAAAUGUCAGAAAAUUGUGAAAAAAAUUACAUCAUCACAAUUUUCCUGAUUUACCAUC